AUGGAUAUGGAUCAUGGCUCCAGCGAUUGCAGUGUUCCGAUGCUGUGGAAUUGGAACACAGUAGGCUCUUGCUUCAUCUCGUCAUCAUGGCAGAUUACCAGCGGCGGCAUCAUGGCAGCGACAUGUAUCGGCGUGAUACUGCUUUCCAUGCUCGUCGAGGCGUCGCGUCGUCUGGGGAGAGAGUACGAUGACUUUCUCACUCGUCAAUUUCAACGGCACGCCGCCAUCCAAGGCCCCAGGAUCCUGGCCAAGUCAUGCGAGUCCUCGUCCGAGCCCAUCCGGCCUGUUGUCGCCUACCGUGCGUCUUUCCUCCAGCAGGCCAUCCGUGCGCUUCUUCACUCGAUCACUUUUGGCGGUGCCUACAUGGUCAUGCUUCUCGUCAUGUACUGCAACGGCUACGUCAUCAUCAGCAUCUUCAUUGGUACGGGUCUCGGCAAGUUCCUGUGCGACUGGCUCGUUGUGCGCAUCGAUGUCGAGGCGCUGAGGCCGUUGGCUUGUGCAGAUGGUAUCGGCGAGGCCACAGUGUGCUGCGGUUGA